AUGGCUGAGCAGCUGCGCUUCGACGACCAGGUCGUCGUCGUCACCGGUGCUGGUGGCGGCCUCGGCAAGGACUACGCUCUCUUCUUCGCCUCGCGCGGUGCCAAGGUUGUCGUCAACGACAUUGGCGUUCAGCUGUCUGGCAGCGGCAGCACCUCCUCACGGCCUGCCGACGAUGUCGUCAACCAGAUCAAGAAGGCUGGCGGCGAGGCCGUGGCCAACUACGACUCGGUCGAGGUCGGCGAGAAGAUCAUCGAGACGGCCAUCAGCAAGUACGGCCGCAUCGACGUGCUGGUCAACAACGCCGGCAUUCUGCGCGAGCUCCCCUUCUCCAAGACCUCCGACAAGGACUGGGACGACCACAUCCGCGUCCACGUCACCGGCAGCUUCAAGUGCGCCCGCGCUGCCUGGCCCCACUUCCGUAAGCAGAAGUACGGCCGUGUCAUCAACACCACGUCCGCUGCCGGUCUCUACGGCUCGGGCAACCUGGCUGCCUACUCGGCCGCCAAGACCGCCAUCAUCGGCUUCACGGAGACCCUCGCCAAGGAGGGCAUCAAGUACAACAUCCUGAGCAACGCUGUCGCGCCGCUCGCGGCCAGCCGCAUGAGCGAGUCGCUGGGCAGCAGCAAGGAGCUCCUGUCGCUGGUGUCGCCCGCCUGGGUCACGCCCCUGGUCGCGUUCUUGGCCCACAAGUCCAACGAGACCGAGACCGGCUACGUCUACGAGGUCGGCGGUGCCCACAUCUCCAAGAUGCGCUGGCAGCGCGCCGACGGUCUGCUGCUCAAGUGCGACGAGACCUACACCCCGGGUGCCCUGCUGAAGAACUGGAAGAAGAUUGGCGACUUCUCCAAGGACGCCCAGUACCCCAACGGCCCCAACGACUUCAUGACCCUGCUCGAGGACUCCAUCCAGAUGGGCCCCACCAAGGGCGGCGAGGAGGUCAGCUUCAAGGGCCGCGUCGCCCUGGUCACGGGUGGCGGUGCCGGCAUUGGCCGUGCCUACUGCCUGGCGUUCGCCAAGUACGGUGCCGCCAUCGUUGUCAACGACCUGGCGAACCCCGACGACGUUGUCAACGAGAUCAAGGCGAUGGGCGGCAAGGCCGUCGGUGUCAAGGCCUCGGCCGAGGACGGUGACACCGUCGUCAAGGCUGCCAUUGACGCCUUUGGCCGCAUCGACAUUGUCAUCAACAACGCCGGCAUCCUGCGCGACAAGGCCUUUGCCAACAUGGACGACAAGAUGUGGGAUGCCGUCAUGAACGUGCACGCCCGCGGCACCUUCAAGGUCACCAAGGCUGCCUGGCCCUACUUUGUCAAGCAGAACUACGGCCGCGUGGUCAACACCACGUCGACGUCCGGCAUCUACGGCAACUUUGGCCAGGCCAACUACUCUGCGGCGAAAUGCGCCAUCCUCGGUCUGUCCAUGGCGGCUGCCGUCGAGGGCCAGAAGCACAACAUCUACGUCAACACCAUCGCCCCCAACGCUGGCACGGCCAUGACCCGCACCAUUCUGCCCGAGGAGAUGGUCCAGGCCUUCAAGCCCGACUACAUUGCGCCCCUCGUCCUCGCCCUGUGCAGCGACAAGGUGCCCGAGAACCCGACCGGUCUCCUGUACGAGGUCGGCAGUGGCUGGGCUGGCCGCACUCGCUUCGAGCGCUCGUCGGGUGUUGCCUACCCGCGCAGCAAGGCCCUCACCCCCGAGGACGUCGCCAAGACGUGGGACCAGAUUGUCGACUUCGACAACGGCAAGGCCGACCACCCGACCAAAGCGGAGGCCUGCACAUCGUGGCUCAGGGCUGAGCAGCAGAUUAAGGCCAAGUCCGAUGCCGCUCCUUCCGGCGAGUCCAACGAGUUCCUCCGCGCCAUCGAGGCCGCCAAGGCGGCCAAGCCCAGCCCGUCCGAAUUCAAGUUCCAAGAGCGCGACGUGAUGCUCUACAACCUUGGUGUUGGCGCCAAGCGCUCCGACCUCAAAUACGUCUUCGAGGGUGCCGACGACUUCCAGGUUCUGCCGACGUUCGGUGUGAUCCCGCCCUUUGAUGCGGAGCUGCCGUACAGCUUCGACGACAUUGUGCCCAACUUCAGCCCCAUGAUGCUGCUGCACGGCGAGCAGUACCUCGAGGUCCGCAAGUACCCGGUCCCCACGUCGGGCCGCCUGCAGUCGUACGGCAAGCUGCUCGAGGUCGUGGACAAGGGCAAGUCGGCCAUUGUCCGCAACGGCAUCACCACCGUCAACGCCGAGACCGGCGAGGAGCUGUUUUACAACGAGACCACUGUGUUCCUGCGCGGCUGCGGCGGCUUCGGCGGCAACCCCAAGGUCCAGGACCGCGGCGCUGCCACGGCGGCCAACACGCCGCCCUCCGACCGCGCCCCCGACGUCGUCGUCGAGGAGAAGACGACCGAAGAGCAGGCCGCCCUGUACCGCCUCAGCGGCGACUACAACCCGCUGCACGUGGACCCGGCGUUCGCCAAGAUGGGCGGCUUCAAGGUGCCCAUCCUGCACGGCCUGUGCUUCUUCGGCUUCGCCGGCAAGGCCGUCUACGAGACGUUUGGCCCCUUCAAGAACAUCAAGGUGCGCUUCGCGGGCUCGGUGCUGCCCGGCCAGACGCUGGUGACGGAGAUGUGGAAGGACAAGGCCAACCCGGGCAAGAUCAUCUUCCAGACCAAGGUCAAGGAGACGGGCAAGCUGGCCAUUGGCGGUGCGGCCGCGGAGCUGGUGUCGUCGUCGGAGAAGAGCAAGAUCUAA